AUGUCAUUUCGCUGUGAAACGGAUUACAUGUGGCUCCCAGCCUUCGGCGAGGAUGAGAAGAAUUGGCCUAACGGGCUGCGAAUAUUCCUCUAUGUGCUCGGCCUUUUCUAUUGCUUCCUCGGGGUGGCGGUGGUCUCCGACGUUUUUAUGAAUGCUAUCGAGAGGAUAACUUCACAGAAGAAAAGGGUGAAACUCAAGUCGACUGGGAAGAUUGUCACACAGACGGUCUGGAACGACACGAUGGCCAACUUGACGCUCAUGGCCCUUGGCUCUAGCGCACCAGAGAUCCUCCUCAGUGUCAUUGAGAUAAUGAGCAACGAAAUGUACAUUGGAGAUUUGGGCUCUGGCACAGUAGUAGGCAGUGCAGCCUUCAAUCUCCUCGUCAUUAGUGCAGUUUGUGUAUGUGCAAUUCCAGAUGGAGAGGUGCGGUACAUCAAGGACACACAGGUGUAUUGCGUCACUGCAACCUUCUCCAUUUUGGCUUAUGUGUGGCUUUUGUUGAUUCUUAUGGUAAUCUCGCCUGAUAUCUGCGAGCUUUGGGAAGCUGUAGUGACCUUCUUGCUCUUCCCUGUGCUGUUGGCAAUUGCAUUUGCUGCGGAUAAGGGCUGGUUCACUGCUGGUGGUGAUGACGACAACCACCAGAAUGAGAAUUUCCACGGAGCCAUUCCGUCAGAUGUUACGAAGGAGGAGCUGGCAGAGAUAGAGCAGAGUAUUCGGGAGGAGUACAACCACAAGAUUUCAGAUGACCAGUUGGUUCGGGUGAUACAGCACAUGUACAUUGGAAAGCCCUCUCGCGCCUUCUACCGGCACGCUGCCAUGGAGGGCAUCGUGGGAGGCAAAAAAGCUGACUUUGGUGCUCAUUCUGUGCCGGUGAAUUUCGUGACGGCACCGCACAACACGGCAGAUGAGUUGAGCAAAGGCAAACUUGUGGAGGUUGGAUUUGCGACCGACCGAUAUGCCUUUCUAGAGUCUUGCCACAUGGCCAAGCUGCAGCUUAUGCGCUGUGGCCUUCCUGACCGGGAAGUGACUGUACAGGUCACCUCACGCGAAGGUACUGCAAAGGCAAACUCGGAUUUCAAGCCGGUGGACGAAACUGUCACAUUUGCACCGGGUGAGACAGUGAAGGACUUCUUCGUCGAGAUAAUUGACGACGCAGCAUAUGAGGAGGAUGAGGAGUUUUACCUCGACCUCAGUCAUCCCAAGCUCGACGGCAUGGAACAUCCCCCGGACGUAAAGGUGCGUGUUCGCCCUGGUCUGGCGACGGUGACGGUGGUCAUUGUCGAUGAUGACGAGCCAGGGAAGCUUCGCUUCCAGCAUGAACAGGUGGAGGUAAAGGAGCGUGAGGAGGAGACAACUCUCCGCAUCAUUGUGGAACGCUACAAUGGCGCAACAGGACCCAUCGAAUGUCGGUACUACACGGAAGAUAAUUCAGCCAUUGCUGGCUACGAUUAUGUCGAGGCUUCUGGCACGCUUGUUUUUGAUCACACAGUGCAGACCGCCACGAUCGAAAUCACCAUCAAGCCCAAGGGUCGGUACGAGAAUACGUCUUCCUUCAACGUCUACCUUGUUGAGCCGAGCGGUGGUGCAAGUUUUGACCGGUCGACAGAUGGGGGCUCAGCGAGUUGCAUUUGCCACGUUGUCAUCAAAGCUGAUGACGAGCGGAAAGCGGCGCUGGACCGUAUCGCAAGUCAGAUCAACUGGAACAAGCAUGCCCUUGGCUACUCCAACUGGAAGGAGCAGUUUCGAGCUGCCGUGUUCCUGAGCCGAGAUGAUGAUGAUGAUGAUGAUGAGGAGGAGGGUCGCGGGGGCCGCUCCUGUAUGGAUGUGGCCAUCCACUUCAUAGGCAUGCCAUGGAAGUUGCUGUUUGCCUUCAUUCCCCCGGUAGAUUAUUGCAAUGGAUGGUGCUGUUUCUUCGUCGCGCUCGGCAUGAUUGCCGUGCUGACCGCUGUGAUUGGAGACCUGGCCAACCUUGUGGGCUGCACGCUGAACAUUGGGCCGGAGAUCACCGCCAUUACCUUCGUAGCGUUGGGGACCUCCUUGCCUGACACCUUCGCGUCAAAGACGGCUGCCACUUUGGAUCCAUAUGCAGAUGCUUCCAUUGGGAAUGUCACAGGUAGCAACUCCGUCAAUGUGUUCCUGGGUCUAGGAAUGCCUUGGACCAUUGGCGCCAUCUACUGGCAAACCAUGAGCACAAGCUCAGCCACCUUCUCAAGUUGGCUGUCAAAGCUGCAGGCUGGUGGCAAGUACUUUGACAUCAGGUCAUCAAUUGUCGGCUACAACAACUUGGAAACAGCCGUUUUCGUAACACCUGCAGGUUCUUUGUGGUUCAACCUUUUAGUCUUCUCGUGCAAUGCUAUUUGUGCUAUUAUGCUGCUGUACCUCCGUCGACGGACCUUUGGUGGCGAGCUUGGCGGACCACGCCGCUGGCAGCUGGCAAGUGCUGCCUUCCUGGUCUUCCAGUGGUGUGUGUACAUCGGCGCCUCCUCUGCUUGGGUGGUCCUGGAGACGGAAUGA